AUGAGAAUAUCAAUAUUACAGCUGGUGCCGGUUGUUGGCUACAUCGGAUUUGCACUGGGAGAAUUAUACAAACCCAAAAACUCCAUUUCUUGUUCUCCAAAUAACCCUUGUCCCGCAGAAUGGCCGUGCUGCUCGCCGUAUAAUGAAUGUGGCGCUGGACCGAUAUGUGUCGGUGGCUGCAACGUGAGGUCAUCUUUCGACGAGGAAAGCUGUGCUCCUAUACCUGCAUUAGUCGCCAGUCAAAAACUUGAAUUUGUUAGCACACCAAAGGUUCCUAAAUUUAUUGUGAACUAUCAACCUAAGCCACCAAUAAGAGAGGGAAAUGGACCGAAUAAGGCAAAUACCAAGGUGGGUGUAGUAGAAGGGGAGCUAAAUUCCAAGAGAAUCAUACACUACGCCAAAUUCUUGGUCACUCCAGACAGUAAAGAGGCAGAGAAAAUGUUGGAAGAUUUCGAUUUCACACAUAGCGGCUACACAUCAAUUGAAGCGAGUAGCGGGAAUAUUGUUCUGGCUAUGCCAAAAAAAACUACCGGAAGUUUGAUCACAUCGACCAGGUCGUUUCUAUACGGCAAGGCAAGCGUGCGAAUGAAAACGGCGAGGUCGAGGGGUGUGGUGACUGCAUUUGACUUAACAUCCGCAAUUGGGGACGAGAUUGAUUUUGAGUGGCUGGGUGGUGAUUUAAUGACGGCCCAAUCAAACUACUAUUCUCAAGGGCAUUUGGAUUACACAAGAAUGCAAAGAUUUCCCGUAGGCGCUGACACUUGGGCCACUUACCACACUUAUGAGAUUGAUUGGGACCCGGAUAGGAUAAUAUGGUAUGUUGAUGGUAAAAUAGCUCGCACAGUCCUGAAGAAGGAUACCUGGGACCCCAUUAGUAAAGAAUAUAGGUACCCACAAACGCCGAUGAGACUAGAAAUCGCUGUUUGGCCAGGCGGCUCGGAAACCAACGGACCCGGUACAAUAAACUGGGCAGGUGGCCUCAUAGAUUGGGAAAAUUCACCCGAUAUUAUCGAAAAGGGCCAAUUUACGGCGCAUGUUGAACAAAUCACCGUAACGCCGUACCAAAAUAAAUUCACAGAACAAGUGCAGUUUUGUAUAAAGGCAAAGAAAAAGGCACCAACCUUUUCCCAAAAAGAUUUGUCAAGAGUAGUCGUUUCGUAUAACAGGCAAGACAGACUGAAUCAUCAUGAUGAGGGGUCUCUCAAAUGGGACUGCUUUGUUACUCCAAAGAUAAAUGACUGGUUGAGUUCUUGGAAACGGUCAAAAUAG